CCCCAGAUUUUAGACCUUUGGAAAAAGUCACUUAAGCUAACUAGACGUCCCAGAGCUAAAGGCUGGGCAGCCCAAAUGAUAGUCGCCAAAGUUUAAUUCCGUUUAAUUCCCUAAAAGGAUUAGAGUCAGCCUUGGACAGCCUCGCUCACUAGGUGGCUCAGUUUAAAAUAAUCGGAAGCUCGGACCCUGAGUCCUACCUCUCCCCGCCCCGCGCAGGCGUUUUCUCCCGCCCCAGCCCCAGUUUGUUUCUCCCUCCUGCCCCGCCCCUGCUCAGUUUCCUUUGGUUUUUCCUUCACUCGCCUGCGACCCUGUCGCCUUGAAUGACGUCAAGGCCGCGAGCGCUUUCAUUGGUCCAUUUCAAUAGUCGCGGGAUACUUGAACUGCAAGAACAGCCGCCGCUCCGGCGGGCUGCUCGCUACAUCUCUGGGCGUCUUUGGCCCGCCACGCUGGGCAGUGCCUGCCUGCGCCUUUCGCAACCUCCUCGGCCCUGCGUGGUCUCGAGCUGGGUGAGCGAGCGGGCGGGCUGGUAGGCUGGUCUGGGCUGCGACCGGCGGCUACGACUAUUCUUUGGCUGGGUCGGUGCGAGUGGUCGGCUGGGCAGAGAGCACGCUUCUUGGCGCCGCAGGCUGAUCCUGCCGUCCACUCCCGGGAGUAGUGAUGUUGGGCAACUCCGCGCCGGGGCCUGCGACCCGCGAGGCGGGCUCGGCGCUGCUAGCAUUGCAGCAGACGGCGCUCCAAGAGGACCAGGAGAAUAUCAACCCGGAAAAGGCAGCGCCCGUCCAGCAACCGCGGACCCGGGCCGCGCUGGCGGUACUGAAGGCCGGGAACCCGCGGGGUCUAGCGCAGCAGCAGAGGCCGAAGACGAGACGGGUUGCACCCCUUAAGGAUCUUCCUGUAAAUGAUGAGCAUGUCACCGUUCCUCCUUGGAAAGCAAACAGUAAACAGCCUGCGUUCACCAUUCAUGUGGAUGAAGCAGAAAAAGAGACUCAGAAGAAGCCAGCUGAAUCUCAAAAAACAGAGCGUGAAGAUGCCCUGGCUUUUAAUUCAGCCAUUAGUUUACCUGGACCCAGAAAACCAUUGGUCCCUCUUGAUUAUCCAAUGGAUGGUAGUUUUGAGUCACCACAUACUAUGGACAUGUCAAUUGUAUUAGAAGAUGAAAAGCCAGUGAGUGUUAAUGAAGUACCAGACUACCAUGAGGAUAUUCACACAUACCUUAGGGAAAUGGAGGUUAAAUGUAAACCUAAAGUGGGUUACAUGAAGAAACAGCCAGACAUCACUAACAGUAUGAGAGCUAUCCUUGUGGACUGGUUAGUUGAAGUAGGAGAAGAAUAUAAACUACAGAAUGAGACCCUGCAUUUGGCUGUGAACUACAUUGAUAGGUUCCUUUCUUCCAUGUCAGUGCUGAGAGGAAAGCUUCAGCUUGUGGGCACUGCUGCUAUGCUGUUAGCCUCAAAGUUUGAAGAAAUAUACCCCCCAGAAGUAGCAGAGUUUGUGUACAUUACAGAUGAUACCUACACCAAGAAACAAGUUCUGAGAAUGGAGCAUCUAGUUUUGAAAGUCCUUACUUUUGACUUAGCUGCUCCAACAGUAAAUCAGUUUCUUACCCAAUACUUUCUGCAUCAGCAGCCUGCAAACUGCAAAGUUGAAAGUUUAGCAAUGUUUUUGGGAGAAUUAAGUUUGAUAGAUGCUGACCCAUACCUAAAGUAUUUGCCAUCAGUUAUUGCUGGAGCUGCCUUUCAUUUAGCACUCUACACAGUCACGGGACAAAGCUGGCCUGAAUCAUUAAUACGAAAGACUGGAUAUACCCUGGAAAGUCUUAAGCCUUGUCUCAUGGACCUUCACCAGACCUACCUCAAAGCACCACAGCAUGCACAACAGUCAAUAAGAGAAAAGUACAAAAAUUCAAAGUAUCAUGGUGUUUCUCUCCUCAACCCACCAGAGACACUAAAUCUGUAACAAUGAAAGACUGCCUUUGUUUUCUAAGAUGUAAAUCACUCAAAGUAUAUGGUGUACAGUUUUUAACUUAGGUUUUAAUUUUACAAUCAUUUCUGAAUAUGGAAGUUGUGGCCAAGUACAAAUUAUGGUAUCUAUUACUUUUUAAAUGGUUUUAAUUUGUAUAUCUUUUGUAUAUGUAUCUGUCUUAGAUAUUUGGCUAAUUUUAAGUGGUUUUGUUAAAGUAUUAAUAAUGCCAGCUGUCAGGAUAAUAAAUUGAUUUGAAAAACUUUGCAAGUCAAAUUUAACUUCUUCAGGAUUUUGCUUAGAAAAGAAGUUUACUUGGUUUACUAUAUAAUGGGAAGUGAAAAGCCCUCCUCUAAAAUUAAAGUAGGUUUAGGAAAACAGACCCUCAAAUUCUGACAUUCGUUUUCCCUAGCAACUGGAUUAAUUUGCUGACUUGGGCAUAAUCUAAUCUAAGCAUAUCUGAAUACAGUAUUCAGAGAUAGAUAAGAGUAGAGUAGACUUUUUCGCUCUUUGUAAAACCUGUUUAGGUUUUGCGAGGUAAACUCAACGGAGGUUGGGAGCGGAAGAGGGUGGGAAGCUUAUAUGCAAAUUAACAGACGAGAAAUGCUCCAGAAGGUUUAUUAUUUUAAAGCAAAACAUUAAAAACAAAAAACUAUUUUUAAAACCCUGCUAGAUUUUAUAAUGGAUUUGUGAAUAAAAAAUACCCAGGGUUCUCAGAAUGGAAUAAAUAUCCCUUUUAAUAGUUAUAUAUACAGAUAUACAACUGUUAGCUUUAAUUGGCAGCUCUCUUCUUUUUUCUUCUUUUCACUGGCUUUUUACUUGGUGCUUUUUCUUGUUUUGCACUGGUGGUCUGUGUUCUGUGAAUAAAGCAAAGUAAGAAUUUACUAAGAGUAUGCUUGUUAAGUUUUGGAUUAUUGAAAUAAGAGGCAUUUCUUAGUUUUCCAGUAGGAUAUAAAAUGUGUCAGCUAUGAGUAAGACUGGCAUCCAAGAAGUUUAUAUUAUAGAUUUAGGUCCUAAUUUUUAUAAAUCACAAGGUAAAGAAAUCACAGAACAGAUGGAUCUCUAAUGAAAAAGGGAUGUCUUUUUGUUUAUAUAGUCAUGUGGCAAGAUGAGAGUAAAACCAGAGAGCAAACCUCUAGAAGUGUUGAGUAUAUGUAUACAUUUGAAAUAAACCAGAAAUUUGUUACCUUA